AUUUGCUAUUCUCAUAUUGAUUUUCUAUCUAUUUUCCCGGAUCCUGAGCACAAUGACUGACAUUAUCUCGGGCAUUUUUUCAAAAUGUUUUGAACCUGCUUGGAGUUUCUUGACAGCAGAGUCAGGUUACAUUUGCAAGUUUGAAGAUAAUCUUGAGGAAUUGGAGAAUGCUUUGGGGGGUCUUAAAGCAAAAAGAGAUGAUGUGUUAAGCAGAGUUAACGGCGAAGAACGAAAGGGUGGGAUACGGCUAGCUGUAGUGGCGAGAUGGCUUUCAAAAGUCGAAACCAUUGAAACAGAGACCAAUCAGCUGGUUGCUGAAGCUUCCCCUUUAGCGGAACGUUUGUCAACCCAAUGUUUUUGUAACUUACAAAUCAUUUCAGCCUACUCCUGUCGCAAAAAGAUCUCCAAGAAGAUGAUUGAAGUCAGAAAUCUCUCGUUUGAAGAAUGGUAUACAGUGUUCGCAGAAGGAGGAAAGAAAGAACAGAUAAGACAGGAAGCAAAUAGUUCUAUGAUCUAUGCAAGAGGAAUCGAUCUCAGUCAUUCGGAGAAACCAAAAAACUGGACCUGGAGUCUUAUUUCCGAGCCACCAAACGAAGUAUCCAUCGAAGUUGCGAUACUGAACGAAGUUUAUUGGCUAGAUAUAAGAGGAACAUAUACGAGGAAACUGACACCAGAGACAAAUUACGAGGUGGUGUUCAUGGUGAAGUUAGAAAAGACUGCAUCUGGAUGGAGGAAGCCGGUGAACUUGAGUCUAGAGCUUGUCAUGCGCGAUAAGAGAGAGUUUUGGCAGGAGAAGACAUUGUGUUUGCAAGACUACAUAAGUGACGAAUGGGUCGAUAUUAUAGUCGGGGAUUUCGUCGCACCACCAAUGAACGCAUCAGCGGAGAUCUUGUUCAACAUGUAUCAGUAUGACGACACCGUCCGUAAGACCGGGCUUGUGGUUAAAGGGGUUGCCAUACGUGCCGCCGUGAACUAAGAUACAGAAGCAAGAUCUUUCUAUCUCAUUAUUUGGUUCCAGAACAACUUGUUUAUGUUUGGCAAAAGG